AUGGCUGUUACAGAUGGCCUCAACGGUACGAGCCAGACAGAUGGUGAGAAGCAUUUGGCUCCCGAAGGCACGCUCUGUUCAACCAAGAGCCUGUACCAAGGGCCUCUUGAUAGCAACAAGAAGUUCACAUGGCUCGUCCAUGAGCCUAAAGACGUGGCCGAAGCUGCAGAAAACGAGAAAACGGCACAGCAUGCCUUCAUAACCCGACUACAGAAGGCUGAGGUGAUUCGCUCCCCCUAUCUGAAGAAGGCUCUUGCUGAGAUCCUCGAUGACUAUCCCGGAAUUCAUUGUGGGCUCACAAGACUGGAAUUUGAGGCACCGUUCCGUCCCUUCGUCCACCGAUGGCCACAGUUGCUUAAGUACAAAGACAAAGAGGAUCUCGAUGACGCCACGGCACAGCAUAUCGGGCUGCUCUACAACGUGUUGAGAGAGGAGCUGAAAGAUGUCAUCAAAACACUCGAAAACUAUGUCGACCAUGGCGUUGUCACAUUCGAACACAUCUGGACCAUCUAUCAACCUGGAUCGAUAAUCUAUUCGAGCUCUCACAACGGCACCCAUGGCGCAUAUCGUCUGAGGGAAGCUAAAUACGUCGAGACUAAAUGUGGCAACGCCUACCAGCUCACAGUGGAGGCAAUCGACUGGGAUGACAACCAAUUCUGUCGCAACGUCAUGUCAAUGUUCGUCUUUGAAUUCAGCGGCACUUCAUCCAUUCUUGCCCUAAAAGCGUUUCCCCUCUCAUUCCACCCUCACGAGAAGGAAGUUGAGGAAAUUCUGAUCAUCCGCGGCAAGAAGUUCCAGCAACUUGCAGGCAGCAACUACAAGGCAUACACCGGCUUCGCCGUGUCUUGGGACAGGGAAGGCAAAGAGAUCCCAUAUCAUGUGCAAGGUCGAAUCAUCGUCGACUCCGACUGUUUUCGACGUUUUUCACACCGCCACACUCGAGGCAGCAGCACAGAGCCUCUUGCCGCCAGGAAAGGCCAACAGAAGUCCGAAGAUGAUGCAAACGUCGCACCUGAAGCGCUGAAGAACACUUAUGUCUUCGGCGAGGAAUCAAAAGGAGAGCAUGUGGCCCUCGAAGAAAUACAGCUUCUGACCUGCUCAUCACGUGUGAAAGGCUACUCACUCAACGACAAGAAGUGGCUCCUCUUCUACGUCGACCUCGUAGAGGAGAUCAAAUUUGACGAAAAUGCGUUUAGCUCACUAGUCCUUCCCGAAGAUCAGAAGGAGCUAAUCUUGUCCUUCGCGGAGUCACAAGCGAUGGGCCAGAGUGGCUUUGACGAUGUCAUUAGUGGCAAGGGGCGAGGUCACAUCACGCUGCUCAGCGGUCCACCUGGAGUCGGCAAGACGCUCACUGCAGAGUCCGUGGCAGAACACAUGCGAGCACCGCUGUUCAUGAUGUCGGCCGGCGACCUCGGAAUCAAUUCGAACCAAAUCGAGUCCAAACUUACCAGCAUCCUUGAAAUGGUCGCAAAGUGGAACGCCGUGCUCCUGCUCGACGAAUGCGACGUGUUUCUUGAAGCGCGUUCAGCACAUGAUCUCGAGCGCAACCAGCUCGUGUCCGUUUUCCUGCGCGUUUUGGAGUACUAUCAGGGUCUGCUCUUCCUCACUACGAACCGCGUUGAUAAUAUCGAUGCAGCAUUUCAGUCACGUAUUCAUGUCAGUAUGGCUUACCCUGGUCUCACGACGGAGUCGCGGAGGCAAAUCUGGAGCAAUUUCUUGGGAAGCUUGGACGUGCUGGAUGGGUUUGGAAAUGACGAUUUGGACGAGCUGGCGACCGUUGAGCUGAAUGGCAGACAGAUCAAGAACGUCUUAAAGAGUGCUGCACUGCUGGCUGCGAGGAAGAAAGAGAAGUUGGGUAGGAAGUAUGUGGAUAUUGUUUUGGCCAUUGAACGGAGGAGGCCUGGCGUUUCCACUCAAGCUUAAAUUGAGGGUGCCAGGAGAAUACAGGGACGUUCAAUCUCGUCAUGGAAGGUUUGUCGUACGGCGAAGCCAACGAAGCCUCGAUAUCAUAUACAUGAAUCACGAUUUCCAUUGUAA